UUGGUUGUCGCGUGCGGAACCGAGAGCCUCUUUCCCAGCUUCUAAUCCAAGAUUCCGGAAAGGUAUGGGUCUGGAAUUGGUCGUAGUUGUGUCGCUAAUCGCCUUGGCCGGGUGCCAACUUUAUCCGGAGAACUCGUGUCCGGACUACUUCCGCUAUGUCAACGAUGCCUUCGAGGGAGUGCAGGGCGAGAUAACGCUGCCCGGCUUGACGCGGGGUCGGAAUAUCAUAGAAAUACGUUUCUCGCAGCGGGGUGAACAUGAUACCCGUACGGUGGGUAGCCUGAUACCGUAUCCGGAUGAGAAUGCGCUACGACAGAAUAGAGAUAGGGCAACAUUUCGCGUAGCCUUCAGACAAACUGCAGACAGCGGAGUGCCUAAGCUGACGCGACUCUCCUACAAUGAUCAGCUCUUGUGCUCGGCCAGCGAAUACAGACCGCCCAGCAGCUUUUUCAACCGCUUCUUUGAGAUCGAAAUCAGUGGUUCGUCGAAUUUGUUUCCUUCCCCCGCAUUUAAUCCCUUCACCCGAGAUGGCUCCGAUGUGAAUCUGCAGACCGUAUUCUUUCCCACCUCUUCGCGGGGCAAUGAUGUUUGGCGUGGUUUUACGCAGCCAUGGACGACUGUGUCCAAUCGACAACCAGCAGCGGUCACUCCAGCACCCACUCCAACUGACAUUUUCUUUUAUCCACCAGUGCCCAGUGUUACAGCCACUUUGGGGCCAUCUGUACCAGCUGUUACGAGCAGCCCAGCACCACCACCACCACCACCACUUCCAACAGUUACCACCGUUCGCCCGCCUACUCCGCCACCUCAACGCUUUGACCCGCGAUCCCAGAUACCACCAGUAGUUUGCGGUAGAGAGGGCAGCACAACGCCGUUCAUUGUGAAUGGAAACGAAUUUCCCCGAGGCCGGUACCCCUGGCUAUCGGCUGUCUAUCACAAGGAGGCUCGUGCUCUGGGUUUUAAGUGCGGAGGAUCCCUGAUCUCGGCCAGCAUUGUAAUUAGUGCCGCCCACUGUGUGCAUCGGAUGACGGCGGACCGCGUGGUCAUCGGACUCGGACGCUACGAUCUGGAUGACUAUGGCGAGGAUGGGGCCGAAAUGCGAAACGUGAUGCGAUUGCUCUGGCAUCCGGAUUACAAUACCCGGUCCUAUUCGGAUGCGGAUAUCGCUUUGAUCACCAUUGAGCGGCCGGUGACAUUCAACGACAUUAUUGCACCCAUUUGCAUGUGGACGGUGGAGGCGAGCAGCACGGUGACCACCACUGGCUUCAUAGCUGGUUGGGGGAGAGACGAGAAGGACAGCUCCGGGACGCAGUAUCCCCACGUGGUGGAGGCGGAUAUCGUCAGUCCGACGGUCUGUGCCAGCAGCUGGAAGGGCCCCAUGGUGACGGAGCGGAGUCUAUGCGCGGGAAACCGCGAUGGAUCUGGGCCCUGUGUCGGGGAUUCCGGCGGUGGUCUGAUGGUCAAGCAGGGCAACCGGUGGCUGCUCCGGGGUAUUGUGUCUACGGGGGAACGCGGACCUGCCGACGCCUGCCAGCUGAAGCAGUAUGUACUCUACUGCGAUCUGUCCAAGCACAUCAACUGGAUUAACAAAAACAUCCGCUGAGCAUCCAGAAUCUAAUUAAAAACUUUAAUGCCAAAACCUAUUGCGAUGU